AUGAUAUGUUCCUGUUCCCUCUUGGUCCCCCGCAUCCACCCUCAAAGUCCCCGCAGAUUACUCUCUUCAGCUCUCCGCCCGCCAAUCCCUCCCCCCUCCCCGACCUCUAACCACCAUGACCUCCCUUCAUUCCUCGACUACGCAGCCAGAACAUCUCUCAACCCUAAAAGUACAACAUACGUAGGUACACACUACGAGUACACCACCAGAGAAAGCCUACGCCGCUUCGCUCUCGAUCUGACCCGCAUAGGCGGCCGCCUAGACUCCGGUAUAGAUCUAGUGGGCACCUGGCAUCUCCCCGACUCGGGUUUACAUCCACUGCGCGUCAUAGUGCAAUGCAAAGCUCUGAAAAAUAAACUCGGCCCAAACGUGAUUCGGGAACUGGAGGGGGCGUUUUUAGGAGCCCCAGUGGGAUGGCGUGGUCAGGGCAUACUGGGCAUGCUGGUUAGCUCGAGAGAGUCUACGAAGGGCCUGCGGAAUGCGUUGUCGAAGAGUACGUAUCCAUUGGUAUGGAUUUUCGCGGAAUUGGAUGGUCAUGUCAGGCAAGUUCUGUGGAAUGAAUGUGCGGAGGAUGUGGGCUUGAGCGGGCUUGGGGUUGAGGUUAAGCAUGUAGUUGAAGCGCAGGAGCAUGGCGGGUUUGAUAAGACAGUGUGUUUGACGUGGAACGGGGAGGAAAUUAAGGGACUUGGUGGGAAGACUGAAUGA